AUGGAAUUUGAUCAAUAAAAAACAUAUGAAAUCAAACAAAAUCCAAAAUACAAAAGACUUUUAGAUUGGAGUAUUGAGAAUGGAGUUUUAAUGAAGAAUGUAGAUUUUCCAGCUUCUUUUGGAGAUAUCACAGGAGUAGUUGCCUCUGAAGACAUACCAUCUAAUACUGUAAGUAUUAAUUUAGAAAUUAUUAGGCAAUUAUUUGCAUACCUUAAUCAUUAAUAAUUUCGCCUGAUAAAUGUAAGAAGAGCAUUCUUAAUAAAGUUUACAUUAGUCAUCCAGAAAUGUUCGAUGAAGAAGAAACUAAUAAUGCAGAAUAUAAUAUGUUAAGUAUCUAAUAGAUAUGUAACUGAGUUUUUUAUAUGUUUAAUGAAAAGAAGAAAGGAGAAUUGUCAUUUUAUUACCCUUACAUCUAAGCCAUCUAAGACAAUAAUACAUUAUUAACAUGGUCCAAUGAAGAUUUAAAGAAAAUUGAAGAUCCUAUUAUAUUGGAGGAAUUUGCAAAUAUCAAAUAUGAUGUUUUAGGAUUAUGGGGAAAAGGAAAAUUAAUCUUUGAUAAUAAUGAAGAUGUAUUUGGAAUACCUAGAAUAACUGAUAAAAAGGAUUUUUACUGGGCAGUUGAAUGUGUAAUGAGUCGAUGUUUUGGAUGGAGUUUAAAAUCUACUUGUCUAAUUCCUAUAGCUGAUUUUCUUAAUCAUUCUAAUAGGGCAUGCACACAUUAUAUGGUUCAUUCAGGUAUAGAAAAAGGGAUAUUUCUACAGUAAGAAGAAGAUCAGACACAGUUUCAAUAGUAAUACAUUUAAAAAAGAAACAAAAUUAAUUUGAGUAUUUUAGGUAUUGAGAAUGGUAAUGAAAUGUAGAAAUUUGAAGAUGAAAAAAUUAAAUUUAUUUUAGAAAAUAAAUAAUAUUUAAGAGAUUUAAAAAUUGUUGAGAAUAUAGAAAGACUAUCAAUAAAUGAGAAAAAAGAAAUAAUAAAUGAUAUAUAUUAUGAGUAAAUGAUUUAAGAUUAGAAAAUGAAUAUUUGGGAUAUAGCAUCAAAUACCUCUUCUGAUAGUGAAGAUAAUGAUUCAGAUGAAGAAAUAAAAUUAACUAAGUAUAAAGAAUUUGAAAUUAAAAAAAUUAAAGAAUUAGCAGAAUGGAAAUUAAGGGAAGAAUAAAAGAGAAUUGAAAAAGAAUGUCAAUCUAUUUAAAUAUAAAAUAGACCUAUUAUCUCUGUUAAAUUGAAUCCAGGUAUAAUUAAUUAAUAUAAUAUAUAAUAGAAAAGUAAAACAAAGUUAUAAUUCGAGGUUUACCUUAAUAUUAGAUUGAAGCCAUUAAAGCAAAAUAAUAAAUUAUGAAUGGAAGAUUAAAUAGAUUACAAAAUGAAAUAACAUAAUCUAGUGAUAAUGAAAGUGAGAUUAGUGAAGAGUCAAAAUGGGAUUGGUUAAAUGAAUAUGAUUCAGAUGCUUAUUUUUGUAUUGCUACUACUGAACCAAUUAAGAAAUUUGAAUAGGUUACACUUUCAUAUGGUAGAAGGACAAAUCGAUUUUUGAUAAAUUGGUAUGGAUUUGCAUUGAUAGAAAAUAUCUACAGUUCUUUUAAUUUUAGAGUAAAUAGAUAACUAAUUAAAGUUAUGGAUGAAUACUGAGAUUUUCAAAGAUUAAUAUAAGAGUAGAGAUUAGAUCUUGGAUACCAUAAUUAUUAAAAAAUUAAUACCUGAAAUUGAAUCAAUUGUAAAUAAGAUUUCAUAUAAUUCUAAUGAAAUUCCAGUUUCAUAAUUAUCAAAAGAGUUUAGAAUUAAGAAGAAUAAAUUGAACAUAGACAUAAUUAUCUUUUUAAGAUAAUUAUUAUAAUUACAUUAUGGAAAUGAAUAAGAUUUACUAAGUACAAUUCCUGUGUCAAUAAAUUAUGAAAUUUUUGUAAUGCAGUUUUAUUAUUCAUUAUUACAUUUUUUAAUGAAUUCUUACUCAUAAGAUUUAAAUUAAGAUCUUAAAUAAUUAGAAUAGAAAAUUGAAUAUCGUAAAAGAUUUGCUGUAUAUAUUGAAUAUUAUAUUAUUUAGAUUUAUAUCAACAAAGAAAAUAAGGAAAUUCUGAUAAACCAAUAUAAAAUAGUAGAAGAAGCAAUUACUAUAUUACAUAAGUUUAAGGAAACUUAAUAAUUAAGACAAAGCUAUCUUUCUAAUAUUAAAAUGAAUGUAACCUAGAAAAUGUAAAUAAUUAAGGGAUUAAAGCAUUACCUUAAAUUUAUAUAAGAGUUUUUAUGA